CAGGCGUCAAAGGCAGAAAAAUACUUCAUGUCGACGGAGGUCAAGCGAGGAGGCGGAAAUGGAUAUUAUGUUUUUCAUCAAUAUCCUGGCAUCACCUGCAAGCACCAUAUGUUUCACCUUGAUACAUUUGGAACGAAAACACGACUAGAAGAAAUCCCUCAGCAGGCUGCUGCAGAACAGAAGCAGAAUGCUUCAAAUGUCACAGGAAAGGCUGUAGUCUCUCCUAAAGAGGAUGCAGCUCAAUUCAGUGCGGUGGCUGAGACCUGGGAGGACGGACCCUACAUGUUCAUCCUUAAAAUCAAAGAAAUCAAAGACAAUGCCCGGGCCCCGGACACCGCUAACACCCUCGAACCCUGGAAAUUACAGCUGGAGAUCAGCAUGAAGGGGUCGCAUGACUACAUUUCAGCAACUGAGUGGCCUAUGAUGGUGUUCCUCAUGGUGAUGUGUAUCGUGUACGUGCUGCUGGCGGUGCUGUGGUUGAUUCUGUCGGCGUGUUACUGGAGGGAUCUGCUCAGGAUUCAGUUCUGGAUCGGAGGAGUCAUCUUCCUGGGCAUGGUGGAGAAAGCCGUCUACUACGCUGAGCUACAGAACAUCAGAUACAAUGGCUUGUCAGUCCAGGGGGCAGUGGUGUUUGCUGUGGUGCUCUCCGCCGUGAAGAGGACUCUGGCCAGAAUUCUGGUGAUCAUCGCCAGUCUGGGAUAUGGCAUCGUCAAGCCCAGACUCGGGGCGUUGCUCCACAGAGUUGUCGCGGUCGGUAUGCUCUACCUGAUCGUCUCUAUCAUUGGGGGGAUCCUAAAAGUCAACGCUGAUGGAGGCGACAACAUCCGACCUACACUGUUGUGUGAAAUAGUGAUGGCCUUCACUGACUCCUGUAUUGUCUGGUGGAUAUCCUUUAACAUGUGUACACACACACACACA